CGAGAGGCAUACAUCAAACUCAUCUCAGCACUCCAGGAGAUCAGCAGAUCUGAGAAACAGUCAGCAUCUUAAGCAAGGAUUAACCGCGUCAGCUUCCUCGAAACGAAAAUGAAAGUGUUUGCCAUCGCUUGUGUUACCAUUUUGGCGGCCAGCUGCGCCUUCGCUGCCCCCAGUGUCCAAGACAAUCGGGUCGAGGGGGACAACACGUUCGGCCGGGCGGCCCGCUACCUGGGCGCCUGUUUCGACAGCGAUGACAUGGCCACCUGCCUGGCCGUCAAGGGCAUCACAGCCCUCAACCGCGCCGCCAGGAGCAACAACAUCGAGUUGGGCAGCGGAGUCACCUUCCAGAGAGAUCCUGCUAGCCCAGUCCCUCGUACCGGAAAAUCCUUGAGCGAACAGGAUGUCUACGCCGAGUUGCCCCAGAAUGCUGAUGAGCGUACCGGCCGCCUCGUGGACUUGGCCAUUUCCAGUGCCACCGAAUUCCUGAGCAGCCACAACCUGGAAUUCAAACUGCCCGCCGAGACCACCCAGCAGGUUGCCCGUGCUUUGGAUGAAGGCCGCGGCAAGAUCAAGAAGAUGAUUGGACCCCUCGCUCUGGCUAUUGGCGCCAAGCUGUUCGCUGUCAUUCCCCUGGUUCUCGGUUUCCUUGCUCUGCUCACUUUCAAGGCAGUGAUCGUUGCCAAGAUUGCCUUCUUCCUGGCCAUCCUGGUUGGCGGAUCCCGUCUGCUCGGCGGAUUCGGUAACAAGUUCGGAGGCAGCUCGUACGGCGGCUACAGCUCUAACGCCUGGUCGGCACCUGCCAGCACUCAGUGGAGCUCGGGAGCCUCCUCCUCCUACCCCUAUGCUCGCAGCAUCAGCGAUGAGGCUGAUGCCCAAGAGUUGGCCUACGCCGGUCAGCAGCAGCAGUAAGCAGCUAAAGUAACAACAAAGUUAGAAAAAGCUGGAGGAGCUCCAGAGCCACUGAUGUGCCUUCGUUUUGAAACCUUUAGCCUGUAGUAAUUUAUUCGAAAUGUAAUUAACUAAUUUAUUGCAACACACACAUUCACCACACAGUCAAGUUGUAUGUUUGAAUAAAACCAAGAGUAUUUCACCUGAAAGUCCGAAAA